UGCCUCUUCCGUUUCUUUGCUGUCAAUAUUCGAAGUCAUAUGUUACAUUAACAUAUGUCUUUAAACUAACUUUUUUAAGUUCACAUUUUAGAUAGCUGAGUUGCACUAGUAAUUACUUGUUAGCGAAAGUAAUACUUAUUAAGUAUUAAGACUGCGCGAAAAUGAAUGGGGCAAACAACAAUUGUGCAAUCUGGAAGCAGUGCGACAGCGAUAGCGACGAUAGCGUGUCUACAUUUUCCUCUGCACCACUUUGGAAUCAUAAAGGAGUCAAGUGCGCCUCACUACUAUCGCAUGAAAUGCAAUCGCUGGAAAAGAAAUUACAACGCAUUAUAUUUAUACAGCAAACGGAUCAAUCGUAUCACUUGGCACUAGACGAUAUUCGUGAUCAGUCCGAAAUCUCUUUGUUGGUGGAGCCCAGUUUUUAUGGACGCCAUUGCAGUACAUCUGUUAUCGCAAUUGCCACAUCGAAUAAUACCUAUAUUUUUGAUGUCCGUGCACUGGGUAAAAUAUUCAAGUCACUGUCGGAGCUGCUGGAAGCAAAAGUUCCUCGCAAAAUAAUGCACUACAGCCAUCGGAUCUGCGAUUUAUUUGCUCAUAAGCACAACAUUAAAAUUGAUGGUAUUUGCGACACUUUCGUUGAGCUGUGUGUGGUGCGUCAGGAUCGAGGACUUUGCUCUCUAAGGGAGGCCAUAUCUUUAACAUUGAAUAUACCGAUGUCCGAAUUAACCUGUGAUGAGAUCGAAAGCCCAAGGGAGUCGGUACGGAACUUUACCGGUCGUCCGUUGUCUAAGGAUCAACUUCAGAUCCUGGGAAAGCUUGCCAUAUUGCAACAAAAAUUACACGACAGGCUAAUUUAUGGAAACAUUUGCACUGAGCUGCAGCAAAUGACUACAAACUUUAGUUAUGAAUUCAAAAAACAUUCGAAUUCCACUGAAGAAAUUGCCUUAAAUAUGGCACCUGAAAGCAAAAUAGGAACCGAAUGCAUCAAUCAAUUUUAUUUAAUUUCUACCAAAAUGAGUGACUCCUGAUUUAUUUCUGUUAAUACAUUGUUAUUCGAACUAUGCAUAUAAAAACCUGCACGAACUACAGUAGAAUCCUGUUAUAGCGACUUUCAAGGGACCGUCGUUAUAUCCGGUUUUUAAAAUAAAACUAAUUAAUGUUUUAAUCAAUUUAAUUUGUAUGGGAACCCACCAAGUCAUCGAAUUUUCGUCAAAAACUGGACGGACGCUAUAAGCGGCGUCGUUAUAACAGGAUUCUACCUUAUCUAUAUUUUUACUUGGCUCCAUUCCAAAAAAAAAGUUUAUUUUUUACUUUUUUUUGUGUAUUUAAAACUCUUUUAGUGGAUACUUCCCCAGUUUACCAGUCUUGACGACUCCAAAUAUAUAAAUUAUAAUACUCUUCUACACUAUGGAAACUGGAUAAUUCCAAAAACAUGCCUAAGCAGAGAAUCACCGCCCUUUCAUUGUAAAUG